UCUUUUUUUCUCUUUCUCACUCUUUACUAAUAAGAAAUGUCGAGUCCAUUACCCCCAGGAUGGGAAGAAAAAUUUACACCUGAAGGUAGACCUUACUACGUUGAUCAUAAUACGAAAUCAACACAUUGGGAAAGACCAGCUCCUCCUCAAUAUAACAAUGCACUACCUGUUUAUGGUGGAUACACUAAUACCCCCUCUCCUCCUCAGCCUCCUCGCCCAGAAGGCUAUGGUGCUGGAUACCCUAGUCACCACCAUGAAAACAGAAAUAAUAGUCCAUACCCCCCCACUCCUUCUCAACAACAGCCUUAUGGCGGAUACCAAUCCCCUCAACAACCCGUCACUUAUCCCUCACCACAACAAUCUUAUGGUAGCGGAUAUCCUCAACAACAACCUUAUGGCGGUAAUAACUCACCUUACCCACCACCCCCACAACAACAGAGACAAUCGCCCUACCCUCCUCCCUCUCAACAACCCUCUUAUGGCAACAACUCGCCUUAUCCUCCUCCUCUUCAGCAACAAACGUCUUAUGGUAGCAACGUAUCCUAUCCUCCUCCUCAGCAACAAAGACAAUCACCUUAUGGCCAGUCACCUUAUGGCCAGUCACCUUAUGGCCAAUCAUCUUACGGUCAUUCGCCUUAUGGUCAGCCACUUCAACAAGCUGGCUAUGGUCAGGCACCACCUGUUUCCCAACAAAACAAAACAAGCGGUAUGUCUUCGGGCAUGAAGAUGGCAGGAGCAGCAGCACUUGGUGUCGCUGGUGGGCUUGCAGUUGGUAGUAUCAUGAAUCAUGAACAAGAGCAAAGUGAUCGUAUCGAGAGAUUAGAACAAGAACAAAGACAACUUGAGCAACAACAAAUGUAUAAUCAGCAGCCUGUUUAUAACCAACCUCCUCCUUCUGUCGAGCAACCACCUAUGGAUUAUGGUGGUUAUGGUAACCUCAAUCCUUCUCCUGCUCCUCCUCAACCCGACUACGGUGGAGGGGAAACAACAACCAUUAUUCGUGAAGAUGGUGGUUGGUUUGGAGCUGAUAGAGAGACUGUCAUCACUGCUGAUGAAUAUGGAGGACAAACGAUUGUAGAAAGAAAAGACGGUUGGUUUGAUAAUGAUGUUGAAGUUACAAGAAUUGAUCCUGAUGGGAACACUACCUAUACUGAAUAUGAUGAGGACAACAGUGGAUUCUUUGAUUAAAUAAAGAUUGCAUGAACUUUUUAUUAAAACAGCGAUAUAAUAGUGGAAAAAGCUUAACUUUAUUUAAUCACCCUUUACUUGCAUUAAACAAAAAGAUUUUUUUUUAUUAAAAUCACUAAAAAUAAUUUUGCACUCAA